GCGAGAGCGGAGCGUGGGAGGAAAGUCUUAGCGAGCACCCGAUCUAUACAAGCAUAACCAUCCAACUCGUGCCUAGCCGACAUGAUGAUAUAAAGACAGGUUUCCUGUUGUUGAAUAGUCUUUUACCCAAUCCCAACUCACUGACAAGAUAACCAUCAACGGCAACAAUCCAAAUCCUCACAAUGUCAUCCCCAGUCGACCUUCGCAACCCGGGCCGCCCGAUACAUGUGGGUGUUGUGCUGCUGAACACUGUCACCGAGCAACUCGACAUCGCCCCAGUAGGCUUCUUCUCCGGCCUCGAUCGCAAUUUCCUGAAGGACAUGCCCACCGAGAUGAUGGACGAUGACUCCAAGGCCCAGGGAUUUGAUUUUGUGUAUCACUGGGUCAACGAGGAUGGCAAGACCCCCGCUAAGCUGACGACGGGUAUGAAUGUAUUGCCUACGGACUCCUUCGCUACUUGCCCGCCACUGGACAUUAUCCUUAUCGGCGCAAGUAGAAUGGGCUACAAAGCCAAUGAGGCCGAGAAGGAGUUUCUUCGCAAGAGCUACAAUGCUUGCACAGCCAUGCUCUGCGUAUGCGGAGGCUUCGAGCCGGUGCUGAGUGCAGGGCUUAUGGAGGGCAAGACCGCCACGGGGCCACGGUUCCUGCUCCCGAUGCUGCGUGAACUCGGGCCGGGAGUCAACUGGGUCGAGAAGAGAUGGGUCCAGGAUGGGAAAAUCUGGACUACAGGGGCGCUGCUGAGUGGGUUUGAUAUGGUCGCUGCCUUUGGACGAGCGACCUGGGGAGAUGGUCCUUUGGUCGGUAACCUUAUCAAAAAAGGAGGAUUCCCCGAGCGCGACAUUGACUAUCUGGAGGAUUGAUAUGA